AUGACUUCGAAAGAGGACGGCAAGGCGGCGCCGGGGGAGGAGCGGCGGCGCAGCCCGCUGGACCACCUGCCGCCGCCCGCCAACUCCAACAAGCCGCUGACACCGUUCAGCAUCGAGGACAUCCUCAACAAGCCGUCGGUGCGGAGAAGUUACUCGCUGUGCGGGGCGGCGCACCUGCUGGCGGCCGCGGACAAGCACGCGUCGGGCGGCUUGCCCCUGGCAGGCCGGGCGCUGCUCUCGCAGACCUCGCCACUGUGUGCUCUGGAGGAGCUCGCCAGCAAGACCUUUAAGGGGCUGGAGGUCAGCGUCCUGCAGGCGGCCGAAGGCCGCGACGGAAUGACCAUCUUCGGGCAGCGGCAGACCCCUAAGAAGCGGCGAAAGUCGCGCACGGCGUUCACCAAUCACCAGAUCUACGAGUUGGAAAAGCGCUUCCUCUACCAGAAGUACCUGUCCCCGGCCGAUCGCGACCAAAUCGCGCAGCAGCUGGGCCUCACCAACGCUCAGGUCAUCACCUGGUUCCAGAACCGGCGCGCCAAGCUCAAGCGGGACCUGGAGGAGAUGAAGGCCGAUGUGGAGUCCGCCAAGAAACUGGGCCCCAGCGGGCAGAUGGACAUCGUAGCGCUGGCUGAACUCGAGCAGAACUCGGAGGCCGCGGGCGGCGGGGGCGGUGGCUGUGGCAGAGCCAAGUCAAGGCCUGGCUCUCCGGCGCUCCCUCCAGGCGCUCCGCAGGCCCCGGGCGCCGGGCCCCUGCAGCUCUCGCCCGCCUCCCCGCUCACAGACCAGCCGGUCAGCAGCCAGGACUGCUCAGAGGACGAGGAAGACGAAGAGAUUGACGUGGACGAUUGAGAGGCGCCCGGGCUCUGUUGCCGCCCCGGGCCACCCCGGGCCCCUUAGCACGCCUUGCCGCCUCCGGGACCGGACCGCCGAGGGGAGCUGGGACCUCCUCUGCAACUGCCGCCUCGCUCCUGCCCAGGCCCGGCCCGGACUGGUUCCCAGUCGCCGCCUCUCCCCACUCUAAGCAAUAAACCCGGGCUGGCCGGCCGGGCCGGCCGCCGCACUCGGCCUCCGCCGCCCCGCGAGCCCGGCCGAGCAAUUGUGUUCGGCUUCUGUAUAAAUAUUUAAACCUUAUAUAGCGGGUUCUUUCCACCGCAGCCUGAUCUUUUUCUUUUCUUUUCUUUUUUAAAAUCUCGGAGAUCUCCAUGUUUCCCAAGCUCUCAGGCUGCCAGGUUCGCUGAGGGCGAGGCAGAAUCGAGGAUAGCGAAUAGAAGAACCCCGCGGUCUGGAGGAGGGGGCCACCCCAACCGUUUUCGAUUUUUUUUUUUUUUUUUGGAAAAUUUUCUCUGCAUGUGGCGAAUGCACCGGCCCUCUCCCUCCGCACCUUCCCAGGCCUAUUGCAGCUCACUUUUUUCUUUCCUUUCUUAUUUUUCUCCCCCUGUGUGGGAAGGGGUUGAGGGGGGGGGCAGCCUGCCCUGACUUGCAAGUUUCAAACCCAUCUUUUUCUUUCCCCUCUGGAGAGAAGUCUCUUCCUGCUACCACCUCUGCACCCCACCCAUACUCACUUAUUGCUCUUUUUAAGAGUCCUCCCCAAUCUUUCUUGGUUUCCUCGGACUGAUUGCUGAGGUCCAGAUCUUAGCGAUAAAGCAGGGGAAAUCCAGCCAACCAACGGCAACGGAACCCAAAGCCCUAGAAUUAUUUUUUACUCUUUAUAGAAAAUUUUUGCAUGUGACAGAGACUGAGAGGCCACCAUACGCCCUCACCCACCUCCUCUGUGGCCCUGGGUCUGUCUUGCAGUCUCCAAUGCCCUGCUCCUUGCUGGAUUUGGCCAGAUGAGGGUGUUUGGAUGUGGGUGGGUCCCCAUGCCCUUUUCCGGUUCAUACCCUGCCCUCUCUCUCCUUCCUGGACUGUACCCAAGGCCCCUUUCUCCGAUAAAUAAAGUCUUUGCCAUUUUACUAGA